AUGGAUAACCCCCUCGAUGACGAGGCCGCCGCCAUGGCCCAAGCAAUGGGCUUCUCCUCCUUCGGCGCCCAGCCCCGGCCCCAGAAGCGCAAAUACAACCCCCACGCCGACGCAGUCACAAGCUCCGACUCUGCAACCGCCCAGCGCGCCGCGGCAAAGCCAUCCGUCACGGGUUCAAACUCCACGCCGCUUGGGCUCGUUGCCAGCAGGAAGCCUGAUUCGGCGGCCGCUAACGCUGAUGAGAUUGACCUGGAUGAAGACGAGGACCAAGCAAAGGAUGACGACAAAAGUGCCAAUGUCGACAAUGCAGAUGUUUUGGAAAACUCAGCUGGAGUUUCAGAAGAAAAGCCGACUCAGUCGUCAGCGCCGGCGUCAGUGCGCCCUCCAGGACUCCCCAACCGUCCACCUCCGGGCGUCGGCGCCCCAAGCUCAUCCGGAGGCCACCAUCCGCGAACCAACCACAGAAGAGAGGAUGACGACUCCUGGAGCGAAGGAUACUACGAUCCCCAGUCAAACGAGAACCCCUGGCGGCGAUUGGAGGAAGCCAAAGGCUUGCAGCCCCUGGGCACAUGGCUGGCUCCCGGCCAUCGAGCGAGUGCUCGCAGUUGA